UACACUUUCCAGGGAAGUUAACCACCAAAGCACGCCCUCCUCCCUAACACCUCCCCCUCUCCUCCCUCCUCUGUGCCAGAGGAGAGGAGAUCUCAACCAGAGAGCCGACAAAGCGCAGCAGAGCUGAGCUGGCGGCCCCAGCAGCACAUUCCUACAGCUGUUCAAAGCUGAGGAAAUCCUCAGGGCUGAGGUAGGCUUCCCUGCAGCUGGGAGUCAAAAUGACUUCAGUGUAAUGAAAGUUUUCUAGCCUGACGUUACGGCUGACUUUCUCCUCUAGCUGUAGAAUCCAGCAGGAGACACUGAUUCUUGGAAAUCAGUGAUUAAUAAAGAGGACAGACGUCAGGAAGUCUCCUAUCAGGACAGAGCUGAAGGAGCGGGUCUAACGCAGUCCAGACCUUCAGCAUUUCACCCCUUAACCUUUGUCCAUUAAUCCCUCCCCCCUCAGUAAACUGACUGGGGGGGCAUCUCCACAGGAACUCAGCCUCAGACAUUAACUGAAACACCGGGCGGUACUUUCCCUACCUGCCCCCCCGUGGCAGCUGCUGUGUCCAUGGAAGGUCAAACUCAGGCUCCAAUGGGGGAGUCGUGUCACCCCCGUUCUCCCUCUCCAGAGGGGGAGACUGUGUGUGCAGCUCUGGCUCGUUUUGAGAACACUUUGCAGGAUGCAAUCAGGAACAUCCAAGCGGAGGUCAGCACUUUUAAGCUGGAUAUAGAGCGGCGCUGUGAGGAGACGGCCAACCUGAGCGGCCCCCUGGGACGGGCGGUCCUCCAGCUCCAGCAGGAGAACCAGCAGCUCCGGAACCAGCUGGAGGCUCUCACAAGGCAACUAGAGCUCCUUAACGGUGGAACGUGUGAGUGGAACAUGAUAAGCAAUAACCACAAUCACAAGAAUGAGCUGCAUGAUGCUCAGAGGAACCACCAGGACGUGAAGGAGGUGAUUCAUGGGAAAGGUCAAGUGAGCACCCAGAGCCAGGCUCCUCACCACAUGCAGAACUUCCCUGUGGAAAACCUGGCGCCGUCCUACAACAGGCUCAGCAGUCAGUCCAACCGUGCCACCCGGUCCUCUUCCCCCACCAUCUGCAGCAGUCCUCCAGCUGCUUCCAAAGGAUCCUCCAUGGUUCUGAGCCCGGGGACGAGCAGCAGCCCCUCCAUCACGCGCUUCUCCAGCAGAGCUACCUUCGCUGUCUCCAGCAUGACCAACAGCAUCGAGCGGGAGGAGCCGAUAGAAGUGGACCCGGCCCCGAUGCACCCUGGACUGGAGCCUGGGCCUGCUGCUGCUACAGAGGAACGUUCCGUAUCUCUGCAUGGAAAGAUCCUCCCCCCCACAGACGGCCUUGUUGAACAUGCAGCUCCUGUCACGUUGCGGAUGCCCCAUCUCCCCAUCACAGCUACAACCAAGACGGCUGAAAUCAGGCCUUCUCCCGGCAGCCCCGUUGGCUCCCUGUCCUCCCCGCUCUCUGAGGAGUCUCCCAGCAAUAACUCCGUUCCCACUUCCUCUCAGCCAGCAGACGACUCUGGCCUUCAGCAAGGUGUGUUAAGCUUCAUCAAAUUUGUUUUCACAACACAUGUCAUCUCAAACCAGCUGAUUGCAUCGAUCUUUCUGCUGGUUUCUGUGCAGAACAUCGACAUGCAGAACUUCUCGUCCAGUUGGAGUGACGGCAUGGCUUUCUGCGCCCUGGUCCACUCCUUCUUUCCCACUGAGUUUGACUACGACGCUUUGUCACCUGCCAAUCGCAGACACAACUUUGAGCUGGCCUUUGGGACUGCAGAAGCCAAGGCAGGCUGCGACCGGCUCAUUGAGGUGGAGGACAUGAUGAUCAUGGGUCGUAAGCCAGACCCCAUGUGUGUCUUCACCUACGUCCAGUCCCUCUACAACCACCUGCGCAAGUUUGAGUGAAGCUCAGGAACAUGGCCAGCUUCCUGACGUUCAACCUUUCUU